AUGUUCAAGCAAAUGGCCGGUAUCGACAAGAAGUCCAAAAGGAUGGCUGUCGGCGGCCCGCUGAUCGGAAUCGUCGGGGCGGGUGGUCAACUAGGAUCGGCCAUAGUCCAGACAUUUCUUGACUACGGCUGGAAGCCUUUCCGUUUGGCCGUGUCUGGCAGGGGCCAGAAAAAACUCCGCAAGUUUGAGGCGCUAGGUGUCGGUGUGUUUGAAGACGUGUCGCUGCUAGUCCGUGCGGUGCGGUUGGUCAUAGUGGCCGUUGGGCCCCAGCACGCUAGACAAGUCGGCUCGACGCUCGGAGAAAAUGGUACGGCAUCAGCUUUGGUCAUGAGCAACCUGGCGGGCAUCAGCGAGGGGAGCCUAAAGCGAGUCUUGGGAACGGAGAACUUAAUUCAGGCCAGGGUGGACAUCGCUCGGCUUGACGUCAUGGAAACGAUGGGUAAUAAGGGUCUGCCCGCAGCCGGCCCAACGUCUAGGGUAGGACAGGCAGAGCGCUCAAACGGCAUCAAGGACCAAUGUGACGGGGAUGCUAUGAAGGGGGAUUCCGACGACUGGGGAUGUGGUGACAUCGCAACGUGGCGGGCGGUGCACGAGAGGGCAUCGUGGCACUUCACACCUGACGCCCGGGCGAUCGGGAAAAUUAUCGAAACGAUAGAAUCUUUCUACGUCGAGCAGGGUCUUGAACCUGUCCAGGCGCGCCAAGCAUGCCGAGAUAGGUUGCUACCUUCGGUCGAACCGGCGGUGCUCGGGACUAGGAGUCACCAGCGGGCAAACCUGCCGCGAACUCUCUCAUCUCCCGAUGAAGGAAGACGGAGACAAGCCAGGCUGCGAACGAUGGACGCCGCGAUCGUAUUGGCCACCUCCAGAUCUGGUCCUCAUGGAGGAUGUCUACGAGCAGAUGCUACGUGUCCCGUAUGGCGAUGA